CUGAAAGUAACUCCAAUGUAUUACUAACUAUAAAAGGUAAUUUAAUAAAUUUAAAAUAUCAUUCAGUUACCAGAACUCAGCAAAAUGUUUUCCAAAGUACUGACAUUAAGUGCUGUUCUGGCGGUUGCAACUGCAGGCCUCAUUGCUGAACCUCAUUACUCCUCCGCUGCCGCAGUUUCCUCUCAAAGUAUCGUUCGUCACGAUCAACCUCAUGCUGUAGCUGCCGCUCCAGUUGCAAUCCACUCUGCUCCAAUUGCCAUUCACUCUGCUCCUGUUGCCUACCACGCGGCACCAGUACACUAUUCAUCUGCCGGAGCUGUAUCUUCUCAGUCUAUCCAACGUCAUGACCAACACCGUGCUGCUAUUGCUGUUGCUCCCGUAGUUCACUACUCAGCUGCUCCAGUUGCUCACUACGCAGCAGCCCCAGUUGCUCACUACGCAGCUGCCCCAGUAGCUCACUAUUCAGCUACCCCUGUCGCCCACUACUCUGCCCCUGUCGCCCAUGCUGCAUAUGCUGCCCACGAAGAAAUCGACUCUCACCCUCAAUACGACUUCUCAUACUCCGUACACGACGGACACACCGGUGACAAUAAGUCACAGCACGAGAGCCGCGACGGUGACGCAGUGCACGGCGAGUACUCCCUGGUAGAGGCUGACGGAUCCGUACGUACCGUUCAAUACAGCGCUGAUGAUCACUCUGGGUUCAACGCUGUGGUCAGCCAUUCUGCUCCAUCAGCUCACGCUGUACCAGCACCAGCUCACGCUCUUUUACAUCAUUAAAUAAAACUAUUUAAUUAUUAAGCUUAAAU